AUGCCACGCAAAAAGGAUGUUUCAAGAUCCUUAGGAUCGACAGGCAGGGCGUUUGUUAAGUCUAGAGGGGCUGGAAGAAAGUCGGCCAAGCAGACAAGGAUUGCGCCCGCCAGUUUCGUCUCAACUACAGGUGAGUUAUCCCCCUUAGUUGAUGAUUCGUGUAGCAGGUCUGACGGCAGCAUAAAUAUUACAAGUGGUAGGUCUAGUAAUACUGAUAGUAGUACAGCUUCAGUUAGAUUCCAACCAGUAGGCGAUAGGCCUAUUGAGCUUGAUAGCAGCGACAGCGGCACGCUUGCUAUGGCAACCGGCAUUAGUCAGUCACAGGGGCUUGGCGUGCAUGAUUUCUCACAGUUUAUUGCUCCUCAGCCUAUCGUUCUAUCCCAAGAUAACUUAGGUUCCAUUAUACCUCAAAAUAUCAAGGAGAAAAUUUGGAAAAAUGAGUAUGUGGAAUUAGGGAUCUUAACUAAAGGGCUAAGACAGGAGACCUAUGACAACAAACCAGUAGGACUCAUGGGCCUCAAUGCACAAGGGGGUAUUGAGGUUAUAAGGCGCAAUUAUCCCAGAAUCAACACAAUCAAGGAAUGGACAGAUGCAUUCUUGAUAUUUGUCAGCAUUUAUCUGGAGAAAUUUGGGGAUAAAACACAGCACAUGCUCAAAUACAUGAAUAUUGUACGCAUGGCAGCUACAAGGAUGAAGGGUUAUGGUUGGCGUUCCUAUGACCAGCAGUUUCGACUUCGCCAUGCUCACAAUCCUCAUGAACCAUGGUCUGUCAUCAAUAAUGAACUCUGGCUCAUGUUUGCAACCCCAUCAUCAAGUGUUAGUAUCAAUCCAAUGAAUCCAUACUACAGGCAAGGUCAAGGCCAAGGCCAAGAUGUUAAGCCCAACAUGCGGGCAAAACGCCAGCUUCCAUGCUAUGACUUCAAUCUGACGAAAUGUAGCCGCAGUGUGUGCAGAUAUGCACAUGUGUGUACCAGUUGCAGUAAGCCUCACCCUUCCCGCCUUUGUAAGAAUAUGUCAAAGUUGGCACAUGUAAACUCCCCAAAUGGGAAAGCAACCUAGUUUUGCCUGAUAAAGGUAAAUCACCUGUCAAUCUGGAACAUUUAUCAGCUUUGUUAAAAAAAUACCCCGACAGAGA